AUGCUCACCGAAUCUAUUCUAAACGAAGGGGAUAUUCAGAAUAUAACGAAAACACUGUCAAUUUACUUUUUGCAACUAUUAUCACUGGGAAUAUCAAAUGAAAUGGAGAGUUGUUGCCAACGACUGUAUGAUCGUUUGAAGACACCACCCCACGAAUCUGGGGUGAUCCAGAUUUGGAUACGGGUUUGGUCGUGGUUCAUACCUGUACGGGAUCAAAGAGGGUGA